CAGGUUAGAGACGCGUGCUCAUCGUGCGCAGUCCAGCGUCUAUUUUCCCAGGAAACAAACGAACCCCCAUGGCGUCCUCCUCUGUUGUCGCCCCUCCGUCGUCAUCUUUCAUUUCCAACAAGAGAGAUGGGAGUCUCUCAUUUUUUUCUUCACCGGUACCAUUUUCCAUUCCCAAAUGCAAGAAACAAGCUUUGAGGAGAAUCGUGUCAGUUAUGGCGCCGCAGCAGGCGGAGCGUAGGCCUGCGACCACUGGAUCUGUCAAAACUGGUAUGACCAUGACUGAGAAGAUCUUGGCAAAGGCCUCUGAGAAACCCCAGUUGAGUCCAGGUGAGAAUGUUUGGGUGAACGUUGAUAUCUUGAUGACCCAUGAUGUUUGUGGCCCUGGUUCAAUCGGAAUCUUCAAAAAGGAGUUCGGCCAGAAUGCUAAGGUAUGGAACCGAGAGAAGAUUGUCAUUAUACCUGAUCACUAUAUAUUUACAAGUGAUGAACGUGCAAACCGUAAUGUUGAUAUUUUGAGGGACUUCUGCAUGGAGCAAAAUAUAAAGUACUUUUAUGAUAUUAAAGAUCUGAGCAAUUUCAAGGCUAACCCUGAUUAUAAAGGUGUAUGCCAUAUUGCACUUGCUCAAGAAGGUCAUUGCAGGCCUGGAGAGGUCCUUUUAGGUACUGACUCGCACACCUGUACUGCUGGAGCAUUUGGCCAAUUUGCUACUGGAAUCGGUAACACUGAUGCAGGUUUUGUACUCGGAGCUGGGAAACUCCUGCUCAAGGUGCCCCCAACUUUAAGAUUUGUUAUGGAUGGUGAAAUGCCUGAUUAUCUGCUUGCAAAGGAUUUGAUUUUGCAAAUUAUUGGUGAAAUAUCUGUGUCUGGUGCAACAUACAAAUCCAUGGAGUUUGUUGGCUCUACUGUUGAAAAUCUAAGUAUGGAAGAACGGAUGACAUUAUGCAACAUGGUUGUUGAAGCUGGGGGAAAGAAUGGUGUGGUCCCUGCUGAUGGUACUACGUAUAAGUACCUGGAGAAUAGGACAUCUGUGCCAUAUGAACCAGUUUACAGUGAUAGCCAAGCAAGAUUUCUUUCAGAGUAUAGAUUUGAUAUCUCGAAAUUGGAGCCCUUGGUGGCUAAGCCUCAUUCUCCUGAUAAGCGUGCAUUGGCAAGAGAAUGCAAAGAUGUGAAGAUUGACAGAGUAUAUAUUGGAUCUUGUACUGGUGGGAAAACAGAGGAUUUUAUGGCUGCAGCCAAAAUUUUUCUAGCUUCGGGUAAAAAGGUUAAAGUUCCCACAUUCCUUGUCCCAGCCACCCAAAAGGUUUGGAUGGACGUAUAUAGUCUCCCUGUGCCAGGAUCAGGAGGCAAGACUUGCUCCCAGAUUUUUGAAGAAGCUGGUUGUGACACACCUACAAGUCCUAGUUGUGGUGCUUGUUUGGGUGGCCCUAAAGAUACUUAUGCACGAAUGAAUGAACCGAAGGUCUGUGUCUCAACUACGAACAGGAAUUUCCCUGGCCGGAUGGGACAUAAGGAAGGCCAGAUAUAUCUUGCUUCACCUUACACAGCAGCAGCUUCGGCUUUAACUGGUUUUGUUACCGAUCCCAGAGAAUUCCUUCAGUAAGCUGUUGCGUACCAGUUUUGUUGGAAGAAGAGAAUCCUGUCAUAGCUCAUAUCAUAUGUACACCUUUAGCACUCUUCCCAGAUAAUUCUUCUGUAGCUUUAUGUACUCUUUUCACUUUGUUUGGUGCUAAUUAUCUCACCUUUUUAUUUGUGUGUAACUUGAAUGGUGGAGUUGAAGUAAACACAAUGUCUUGUGUACCGUUCGAAAAAGACUGUAUAUUAGUACUUUUAGUUGGUAAUGAAGCUUUUGUUUGCCAUAGGAU